AUGUUCACCGUCCGGCAGGCCGCCGGCAAAGGCCUCGGCGUCUUCGCCGCAACGCCCAUCCCCCGCGGCCAGCGGGUCCUCGCAGACCGGGCCCUGCUCACCCUCCUCCCCUCCGAGACCAGCGCCAACAUCCUCCGGCAGGCGCACGCGCUCCCGACGGCCGGCCAAAAGUCGCUGCUGUCGCUGUCGCUCAACCCCGGCAAGGCCGGCGUGCUGAGCUGGGCGGAGUCGCUGUGGCAGAGCAAGACCAGCCCCGGGCGGACGGUGCUCAACCACACCAUCCUCAACAUCUUCCGCAACAACAACUUCAACAUCGGCGACGAGACGCAGGCGCUCUUCCCGCAGGUCGCGCGGCUCAACCACUCGUGCGUGCCGAACGCGCAGGGCAAUUUCAACAAGAAGCUGGACGCCUUCACGGUCCAUGCGACACGGGACAUUAAGCCGGAGGAGGAAAUCACCAUCUCUUAUCUGGAUGAGCACCUCGGGCUGCGGCAGGCGAGGCAGGACCACCUCCAGAACGGGUACGGGUUUCUUUGUGAUUGCUCGGCGUGCGAUCCCAAGACGUCGGAGGCUGGAGAGGCGAGGCGCGCGGAGAUUGCGGCCAAGUUGCAGCAGUUUGCGGAGGCUGCAUCGGAGGACCCGAGGGCUGAGUUUGAGUUGAUGUUGGCGUUGGUGAAGGCGUAUGAUAUGGAGGGCAUUCGGGGCCGGGAGGCUGCGACCAUGCACAUCGCCGCUGCGCGCAUGGCGGCCAAGCUCGGGGAAGCAGCGCAAACGCGCGAUCUGGCGUUGAAAGGGUUGCAGCUUGAGGAGGAGGCUGUCGGGAAGGACAGUCAGUUUUACAUCUCGACGAGGAAGGACGUUGAGGGACUAAGUGUUAAUGUCGAUGCUUGA